AUGACGACUUUUAGGAACGCGCGAGACCUGCUUCUGUUGACCUUUUGCGAGGGUUCGAUCACUGAAGACGAAUUUCUGUUGCUUUACGACCUAAACACUUCGAAAAAUCCAGAAUAUCCGUACUGGGAUUACAAGAAAUUCUGCCUACAAGACAAAGACGAGGCUGAAUGCAAGACAGAAUUCCGCUUCCAAAAGAAUGAUAUUCCUCUUCUGCUGAAUGUCCUUGGAUUGCCAGAAAAGAUCACAUGCAAACAGGGGACAGUUUGCAGAGGCACCGAAGCGUUAUGUAUGUUGCUAAAGCGACUUGCAUACCCAUGUCGAUACAGCGAUUUGAUGAGCACUUUCGGUAGACCGGUUCCUGAAAUCUCAAUGAUAAGCAAUCAAGUUGUUGAUUUUAUCUUUGAGCACCACAGUCACCGGAUCACUGGUUGGAAUCACACAGUUCUGAACGCCCAUUCAUUGCAGAUCUAUGCUGACGCUGUCUCGAACAGAGGAGCAGCGCUGGACAACUGUUUCGGCUUCGUAGAUGGAACAGUUCGGCCAAUUUGUCGACCAGACCUCAAUCAAAGACUGGUAUACAAUGGCCAUAAAAGGGUUCAUGCCCUAAAAUUUCAAUCAGUUGUCACGCCAAAUGGAUUAGUUGCUAAUCUUUACGGUCCUGUAGGUAAGUUUUCUUUUUAA